AUGACGAAACGCAUUUUGCACUUCUUCGCACAACAGGCCGAGGAGGCCAUCGACAGCCACUGCACGGACGUUUGUCCGGAUCCGACACUGCAGGCCAAGUACCAUCCCUUUCUGCAGUCGAGCAGAAGACGCGGGAACAAAUCCUUGAAGAUGGCUCUGACAAGCAGGUUCAUGGCUCGUGGUGCUGGGUACGUGUCACUAAAAAACGACCGGAACCUCGCCGACAUGGGCAUCGUGUCCGAGAGGUCUGUCUUCGCCACGAAGACCGGGGAGGAGUACGCGGCCAGGUUGCUCAUGAAGGCCGAGUCCCAAGUUGCUGCCUGCAUCAGCAAGCAGAAGCUUCCGACCAUAAACUUCUGCAUGGACGGAACGAGCUACGCCGGGGAACACGUGCUCUCAGUUGUCCUCCGUCUUGGUGGUUACCACUUUGCCGGCCCCACUCAGAUGGUGAAUGUGAGUGCCUGUGGCAAGACAGAAGCCGAGCAGGCGGUCGAGACGCUGGGACAGGUUCUUGAUGGGGAGAGGCCUGCUGACGCAACGUCCUCCGUGGGCAUGCCCAAGGAUGCCGUCAAGUUCCGAGAGUAUCGCACGCCAACCAAGAACUUGCUUUGUGCCCUAGCCAACAGCCUGCAGCACGUUAUGCCGCAAGGGUGGACUUUGCUCAAGUGCCGCCCGCCCAAUCCUCUGAAGCCUGCCACAGCAGGCUGCAGUCGCAUAUCCUACGAUCAGUCGGAGAUGGACGUCAUGGUGCCCCCACCUCCAGCUGGCUCAAACCUGCACUUCAUCUGGGAUAGUGAGAGAUUGGAAGCUCGUGCUGACCACUACGAGCACGAGGAUUUCACGCGCCUGGUCUUUGCGGCCGACGAAGGAACAGGCCAUGUGGCAUGGCAGCACUGCUGCAGCCAAUCUCUGUGGAUGUUGAUGUGGCCUGACAUUUUUCACAAGUGUGCUCGCAAAGCCGCUGCCGCGAUUCGUGCUCUCGACGAGGGACAGCCGUUCUUGAAACGGCUCAUGGCCUUGUUCCGAUUUUCCCGGGGGCCGUACAAGUCGUCCAGGCUUGGCCGCACCAUUGCGGAUGCACGAGACAAUCUGAUUCACAUCCUGCAGAAGAACCCUGAGAACGACUUUGUGCAGAUGUGGUUGGCCGGGGUGGCCAAGGACCUCGCCGGCUGGGAGAACGCCGAAAAUGUCGGUGAGUGCACGCCCUUUCAGCUGCUCCAAGAGCUCCGUCGCCGCAAAGGCUCCCUGCACUUGAAGCCCGAGACGGCGAAAGAUGUGAGAUGGUUUUCAUUCUAUGAUCAUGCCGUGGCCUUGGACAAGGUGUAUCACACCGAGAGCAUGAGCCAUGCCUUUGCCCUCUUCACGGAAGGCAAGAAUCCAUGGGCCUUGAAGGGACAGGGCGAUGCAAACGAGGUGCUGGCAGACGACACCAACCAGGACAAGAUGCGAGCUUUCAUUGUCGUCUUCAAAGCCCUCCGCAUGUUUGCAAAGGAUUGCCAGAACAACGGUGCCGCAUCCCUUCGUCAUGCAGUUGCCUUGGCCAGUGGGCGACGGGUGCAAAAGCUGAUCACGAAGACGUUCCAGAAUGCGGCCAAAGGGAGUGGCCUGGUGUACUGUGGUGCGACGAGCGACCCCGAAUCUUUGCAAUGGCUGUCUUCGCUCUUUCUCUUCACUUUGGAAGCCCUGCUUCACCUGGAUGCCACGCAUCGCAGCUUCCCUUGGAGGGUGGUGACAUGCUUGAACGAGCAGUUGAAGGAAGAGACUUUGUCCUUGAUGGCUGAAGAGUGGGCACUGGUCACCGAUGUCAUCGACCGGCUGCCCGAGCGCCAUGAGCUGUACAAGAAGAUGGGGUGGAACCAGGUAUCAGUGCUACCGUCCAUGGGAUUCAAAGCUGAAGGCAUGUCGCAGGAGAAGGGCGCCCUUUUCCGUGAAGUUUGCAGAUCGGUGGCCGGGCUCACAGGCCCGGCAGCAGAGAGUGCAGACUCCCUGCUCGUCUCUCUUCCCUCCGAAUUCUUGUUUAACGACCUCCGAGACGCCGGCCGACGUCACAGCAAGGCCGAGAAGACUCUCCCUCACAAUCUGCACUGCGUAGCCCACAAGUCUGCCACAGUGCGAUGUGCCGGUGGCAGAAGCCUGGAGAUCAGUUCCGAUGACUGGAGUGCUGGGCUGAAGUCCAAGCACGUGAAGAGCAGUGUCUUCACGUGCAGAGCGACGGACAAGGAGCUGGGUGUCUCCGCCGAAGGCCUCACAAAGCACAAAUGCUCCACGUACACCAAGCCGCAUAUCAUGUGUCAAAGGCAAGAGCUGAUGCGACUCCUCUGCAACGCCUACAGCAAGGAGAUCCGCUAUGAGCUCGCGAACCAAGAGGACAGGAAGGACAUUCUGCUGAACGUCUACAGCUCCCUGUGGAUGUCCAAGCUGGUGCCUGAGCAUGUCUUCGUGUCCUGGAAGGCUGGCGAAGAGGAGAGCUCCAGGGACCUAGUUCUGGGGUCGGGGCCCUGGGCUUUGAGGAUUUUGCCACUCGUGAAGUACGGCCCGAACCAGUACACUUUCGAGAAAAUGGAGGUGCCAAGGUCUGAGGUGCCUGUUGGUGGCAUUCACGACAUUGUGAUCAGCUUUGCAGAACCGAUCAUUUGUCAUGAUCAGUUGGGAUGGUCACAGACAUCAGACUGGAUGGGGCUGCCGGCAUAUGUUGCCGACCACUCACUGCUGAGCCUUCCUCGCAGCCUGGUCAACCAGUUGUGCAGUGCCCUAGGCUUGAAGUCUUGA